GGAUCCGUGGGUGACAUUUUCUGGAUCACGGAGAGAUAGCCCGAUCUUUGGCCAUUCAAAAAUAAAAACAUCGAUUGAAAAGCGACAAAAAAUCUUUUCGUUUGCUGUUUACUGGUUAACUGAUGUGAAACAUAGUUCCGAAGAAAAAUGAACCGAGCUGCUGACAUUGGCCUACUACCUGGAAUAUAGGCUUCAGGUUGAAUCAUGAUCAGAAUGGAAAGAAGAAAAAGGGGCGGCCGAAAGAGCGCCACGUGUCACUCUGGCGUCACUGGAAGCGGCCGGAAGGAACACGCACUGGAAUUCUUUUCAUUUUUCUUCUCCUUCCGUCUCCUCACCGCCCCUCGGCCGUUUAUUGAUCGCCAACCGGAUUCGCUGAUUUAUUCAUCGUCCCGCCGUUAGAUGGCACACUGCUCAACUUGGUGCGGAAAACUUUUUUAAAAAUUGGUCGUGUUGGAAUCGCCCAUCAACCGACUCAUCCAGCGGAGGAAACUCAGCACCAAGAGACUAUUAUGUCACGGAGGAAGCAGAGCAAUCCGAAACCGGUGAAAAGAGACGACGAGUUACCUGGAAUGGACGACGAGAGUCUGAACGGCGGCGACACCAAGUCGUCGGCCCUGUCGAUGGAAGAGGAGGAAGAACUGGAGGAGGACGGAGUGAGUUUGACGACGACCAGUUCCAGCGCCGCCGCGACGCCUCCACCUCCGCCACCUCCGCAGCAGCAGCAGCCACCGCUUCCGUCGGCUCGGGUGCGGACGUCUUCGCGAGCGUCGGAAGAAGCGGAUCAAUCGGCCCACAAGUUGCCGGCCGCUGGUCCAAAAAUGGGACCGACGCCUCCGCCUCUGCAGACGAUUGCCGUCAAACGGCGCCGCGAACUCGAACCGGACGAGUUGAUUAUCAUUCCGAGCGCAUCCAGGCCGUCACCACCGGCAACAGCAGCAGCAGCAGCGGCAGCCGUACAACCACCUCAUCCGCCGUCUUUACCGACUCAACAUCCGUUGCUCAGCGCCGAUCUGCUCCACAGCCUCCAGUACUUUGCCCUUUUGCGCCAAAGUUUACCCAACGGUUCUCUGAUGAAUUUGCCUGUGGCACCUCCUCCGCCGCCGCCACCGCCGAUUCCGAGUCGAUUGUCUCCAACUCCGCCGGCCAGCAGUAAAUCAUCAGCUGGAUUAAAUCACAUGUGUCCGUCUUGCGGCAUUUGCUUCAGUUCGGCCUCGACGCUGGGCGCCCACGCGACUUAUUAUUGCUCGAAACGGCCUCAAGUGACGACGGCGGUAGCCUCAGCGCCUGUCACCAACGAAUCUCCGCUUCCGGGACUUCCGACGCAGACGGAAAUGAUGGCCAACGUUCCUUUGAGCAACGGCCGGAGUCAAACUCCCGAGCAAAUGGACGAACUGUUGAACGAUCGUCCAUCCGCACCAAAGAUUCGACGGAGUGGACGCUACUACGCCUGCCCGUACUGCUCGUUCAGCGCCGAUAAGCGAGUCAGCCUCAACCGGCACAUGAGGGUUCAUGUGGGUUUGCCGCUGCUGGCCACUCAUCCGGUCUCUCCUCCACCUCCUCCGCUUCCGGCCGUCCAUUUGGAACCGACACGCUCCUUGUCCUCCGACAGACCCACGGCCGGUUCUUCGCCAGAAUUCCGGAUGGUCAACAAAUUUCAAGACGAGCCAGGAGCCAAUCGGGCGGGCGCCGAUUCCGGCGCGGAUCGCUUCUGUGCCGAUUGCAAGAUCCAAUUCUCCUCGUUCAAGACGUACCAAGUCCACAAGCAGCACUAUUGCCAGUCGAGGAAAUCGUCCCUGUCGGCCGGAUCGCCCGUUCCAGUUUUGGAGAAGACCCUUCCGUCGGCAGAGGCAGCCGGACGAGUUCAGAAUGCCGGCGGGAGUCCCAUGACCAUUUUGAUGCUGCCAACUCAUCCGCCGAUCGUUAUUCCGCUCUGCAUACUCCAGUCUGCCCGCAUACUGACGGCCGAUCAGCCCAUGCCACCUCAUUCAGUGAUUGUCUCACCUCACGGCGAUAUCCAGUUCCGGGCCGACUCGCCGGAAGAUCCUAGAUCCACCGUGUCAUCCGUGGUCGUCACUCCGGCCGCUUCAACUGCCCCAACUACUCCAGCAACUGUUUCAGCAGCGCCGGCCCCGGUUAUACCAGCUAUUUCGGUCACUCCAGUCCCAUCCGCUCCUCCUCCGGCUGAGCCUCCCGCAGCGGCCAAUUCGAAUUCGACCAUUCCACCCGAAAUGGCGCUGGAUCUGAGUUCCAAAGCCAGCGAGUCGGAGCCAGCCGCCACGACGGAAGCCUCUAGCAAGGAAUCGACUUCCAGCGCCACUGGCGGCAUCCGCAUCAGGGAGGAGUUGGCCCACGUCAACCAAUCCAGCCCCGACGCCAAUGCGUCGCAGCAGCCACAGAACCCGGCCCUGCCGUUCCUUCCACCCAAAGUAUUUGCCGAACUGGAAGCGCUGGGCAUGUGCCUGGGAGUCCCUUCCGGCCACGACAUGACGUCCAAUCCGGCCCAGUGGCUGGCCAUGCUGGAGAACGCCGUUUUGCAAGCAAGUUUCAAAGCCCCGCCCACCGCCCCUGUUGUACCUUCGUCUAAUAAAACGGAUUUGAUCCACCAGGCGCAGCGACCCAGCAGCGCCAUCCCUUGCGAAGAGUGCAACAUCAGCUUCCGGCGGAUGGAAAGCUACCUGGUCCACAAGCAAUACUAUUGCGCCGCCCGACACCAGACGCAGUCUGGCCAGCCGGGCAAUAAAGAAUUGCCCCCGGCCCCGGCCGCUGCCGAACAGGUCAACGGAAAUCAAGCAGAAGAAACAGCGGCGGCGGCGGCGGCAGCAGCUCCUGUGAUCCAUCGCGAUCCAGUGAUUCAACGGGCCAAUAAGCAUGCUUGUCCCUUGUGCGGAAUCGAAUUCGAAUCCGCCGUCGUUCUACAGGCCCAUCGUAAUUACUAUUGUCUCAAAAGAGAGGUCGAUCCAGCACUUAAAAAUGCUGCGGAUGCGAGGAAAGCCAACCAGGAAUCGCUGACCGCUUCACCCAACGCUUCCGGUCCGUCUCCCAGCAAUAAUGCAGGUGCAAGUCCAACUGCAGGCGGAUCGGGACCCAUCCAGCCGCAAGGGUGGAAAUGUCCGUGCUGCGAUGUCGUCAGCCCCACGGCGGCAUCCGCACAGAAGCACAUGGAGACGCAUUCGAACGUGCGAGCGUUCCGGUGCUCCGUCUGCGGCUACCGCGGCAACACUUUGCGCGGAAUGCGCACCCACGUCCGCAUCCAUUUCGAUCGCCGUAACGCGGAUUUGUGCGAGGAUAAUUACAUUUCCUGCAUUAUGGGUGGGACCGGAGCGGUUGGCGAAUUCAAUCCGGCUGCCGGUGGGAUGCCCAACUCGCCGCCGGAUGUCGACCAGAUUUUCAAGUCGUUGGGCAUCCCGCCGGAAGUCUGCGCCAAAGUUCUCUCGGCGGCCCAUCCGCAAAGUGCGGAUGCUUCCGUCGGAAACUCGAGAGACAGACGAGAGCUCGGCGGAUCGUCUCUGGCCGGUCUGCAAUUUCUCCAGUUGGCGCAGCGGAUCGCGAAUCAUUCCCCGGGUCCAACAACUGGAGCUGGAUGCCGAUCCGACAAGCUCUUCCUUUGCGAUCUUUGCUGUUACAGUUCCAGCUAUCGAGGCAACGUCAUCCGCCACUCCAAGUUGGUCCACGGUCGGGAAAUCAGCGAAGUGGCCGUCGUCAGUUCCAACUUUCUCCAACAGGCCGUCAACAACAAUCCAGCGGCCAUGGCCAAAACUCCGUUCUCCGAUCCCAACAUGGCCGGCAACCGGACGAAAACCAUGACGGAUCACUCCCCUCCGCCGAGGCCGGCCCUGACCAGCACACCGUCGUCGCUGCCCAACAGUCGGAUGAUGUCGACCGGAUCGCCGGACGAAGCCAUCCAAGUGAAGAUCGAUCCGGAUGACGUCAUGAUGAUGCACCAAUCCUCGACUGGCGGUUCCAAUUCGUCCCAUUCCGGCGAAGGUCACUCCCCUCCUCUGAACAAUUUGACAUCCGAUUUUCAUUCGGGAACUGCAGGCGCCGCCACCGGAACUGAUCCAUUUCGGAAGCACUGCAAGUCGUGCAAUAUCACGUUCACUUACAUGAACACGUUUCUGGCUCACAAAAAGUACUACUGCUCUAGUCAAGCCCCGUUAGAGGAUCAGGAGGACCGGGACCAUGACAGGGAUGAAAAUAUGGACGACAUGGACGACGAGGAUGAAGAAUUGGAGGCCGGAAACUCAGCCAGCCCUCCACCGGCCCCCAACCACCACUCAGAGGCCACACCCACUUAAUUCCCCCCCCCCCCCCAUCCCCCACCUUACUCUUCGAAAUUCAAUAUCAAUUCAAUGUCACUUCUUCUUCAAAUCAGUUUUUGGCUCACUGUUUCAUUUCUUCAUUCUCUUCGAUUUCUUGCAACUUUCCAAAAUUCUUCUUUUUGAAAUAUUCGAAUAAUCCAAAUCGAUAUCAACUGAAUCAUAUCUGUUUAACGGUGUCUCGUUGUGCUUUUAUUUCGAGUCAGAUUUAACACACUCACAAAAAAAAAUUUAAGGAAAAAAGGGACGUCAUGUGCAAUUUCAUCAUCUUUCAUAACGUAUAAUUAUCUGUCAAUUCUGUUGUGGACAUUUCUCGACUUUUUAUUAUAUCCCCCCCCCCCUCAUGUCGAAUUAUCGUCUUGAAAUAUUCUAAUUUAUGAAGAAGAAAAACUUGAAAUCAUUAUUCCUUUCAGCGUAUAAUAGGGCUGGUAGGAGUGAUCUACAUAUCUACGACUUGAUGUUUGUUUUCACAAAACACUUUGAUGUCUUUCUCUUUUGUGUUUCGUUUGGUUCCCCAAGUUCAUUUUGUUUGAUGCAGAGGAAGCGGAGUGACCGAGUGUUGUAUCAAAUGUGGAAUAACUAUGUAAUAGGGAAUCUUCGAUGUAGAUCAUCUCCACUCUCCCUCUUCUUCUCAACACAGAUCUAUAACUCAGUUUAUUGGUGAAUCAAUUAUGCUCAGUUGUGCGUGACUGUCUGCGUACGUGAGUGUGUGUGUGUGUCUGUUUUUUUUUUGUUAGUGUCAAUACAAAGUCGUUAAUAUUCUA